AUGUCGCUGUGUGUUGCGGUAGCGGUGUGGUCAUGCCAGACGGUGAGCAAUGUGGACGCUGGAGUGCUGAACGCGACGGUGCAAGUGGGGGCGCCAGCAGCCAUUGCAGCAGCGCGCGACGUGCUGUCCGACGAAGACGAACUGACGGACGUUGACGCCCUGGUGAACGACGACGAAUUGCUGUUGGUCGAUGACGAGUUGUUAGACGAACGAGCUGCCGGGCGGGGAGAGCUGUCGGGCGAGAACGAGUUCAAGCAUGAGGACGAGAUGUCGGACGAUGACGAGCUGCAGAAGGACGACGACGAGCUGCAGCAGGAUGAUGAGGUGCUGACGGACGAUGCCAGGCUGUCGGACGAGAACGAGCUGUUGGACGAGAACGAGCUGCCGGACGAGGAUGAGAUGUCGGGCGAGAACGAGCUGGUGGUCGAGAACAAGCCGCAGAACGGCGAGGGCGAGUAG